AAUAACUAUACAUUCGGCAUGGAAAAAGAGGGAAAAUACAAAAUGUCUUCUAAUCGUACGAACGGGUGUUUGACUACUAAAACGAAUGUCGCGUAUUAUCGACGAUAAUUUUCCACUUCGUUGUGAAGUUGCAUUAGAUACACGAUUUUUGCCGCCUAAACGCUUUUUCACGUCGACGAGAAUUCGGCGCAGAAAAAGGAGCAAACUGGCAAUGUGCGAAAUUAUGAUAAAAUAAAUUUCAUGUAAGCCUUUCGAGCGUCUUUCGUGCGACGAAUAUGACGUUGUAUGAAAUUGUAUGAAAUGCAUUCGCGAGCGGAGUUUUGGAAACGGCGAACGUGAGAAUGAGAGCGAAAGAGGGAAGAAAGUGAGAAAGCACGGAUGAGAGAAAGAGAGAGAGAGAGCACGCGAAAGGCGAGAGCGAGAUCGACGAAAAAAAAAAAAGAAAUCAAAGGGCAUUUUGUUGUGCGCUCUGUGAAUGAAUGCGAGAGUGACGAAACGAUCGCGAUGCGUACGUGGUUCGUAGUUUUCGAACAUGUGAUACGUCAGCCGGCAAGCUCGAUUUCCGGCCAUCGACGAGGGGGAGAAUUUCGGCCGUCUUCCGGCCGGCAAAUCAAAAGGGGGACGCGGAAGUGUCGCCGGAGGUCGACGCUGGCUGGGUGGCGCACCUUUUGAAGGUUCUUUAAGGUAGGAACGCUCUUUUGUUGACGGUUGAUUGUUGUCAAAAUGGUUGUGAGGUAUAUUACUAUUUGAAGUAUGUUAACGAUACGAGAGGAAAGGCGGACGAGACGGGCCGAACGGGAGACGCGGCGCGACCUUGAUGAACUUGGAAGGAGGGGAGAGGGGAUUCUAACGUUCAGAAGUUCCCUCAGGAAGGGUUCCUUAACCUCCAGCAAAGGGAACUGGCACCGCUAUGGGAGGUAUGCAAAAAAUCCUUCCUUACUUGAAGUCGCUUCGCGCCGCUUCGCUCGCGAGGGCUCGGCAUGGGGGAGACGAAAGAUGGAAAACGUGCGCUCCACCCGAUCUCGGGAUUCCGCCGAGAGAGGCGAAAUUAGUGGUAAAUGCGAGCGUAUAAUGUGUACGCGACGCCCGCGAUGUAAAUUUGCUUUGACGUUGUUGAUCGUUGCGUGUGAGUUCGUUACUAGUCCGUGAACGGCACGAUUGCUUUAUAAUUCCGCAGCUGUAAUUGAUACGGUUGCGUCGAAAACCGCCCCCGAGUCGAUUUCAUUCCCGACCAAGUGUGUUGAGUUAUCAAGUUUUAUUUAGAGAAAUGAAAGAAGCCGUAAUCAUCAUUGUUCGUGCGAUGAAACGUGAAUUAGACAAUACAAAAACAAUCGUAUCUUCUUGGAAAAGUUUUAACUAAAGCUAGUUGAUUCGUCUUUCUUUAUUUAACUCUUUUUAAAUUGAGGCAACUCUUAAUUAAUCGUUUAAUCACUUAAUCGCCUCGAAUAAGGCACUUUUAGAAUCUGUAAUUAAAUUAAAGUCUUCUUAUAUCUUUAUUUUAAUAACAAUGUAUGCCCAUGAAUUGCAUAGACGGAAUUUAAUAUUUUAAUAAAACGUAUACGCCUCAGUAUUUCUUAACAUUGCUUAGAUUUAGCGUAUAAUUUUUCUGUAUGUAGAAAAUUAUAUGUUAAAUUAUAUUUAUAUAUGAAAAAUUUACCAUUGCGGAAAGAGAUAAAAAAAGAAAGUGCGAGCGACGAAGGCCAAUGAAAGGGAAAGAUGCGUUUUCGCGCAGCGCGCGAUUUCCUAUAAAUUGUUACUGUUAAUUAUUAUCAAUUGUCGCGUGAUUAAGACGAAUUAGAACGCCAAAGGAGGCCGUGAGCGCCUGAUCUAGCGAAUUAUUCCGUGAGCGCACGUUUUCCUUGCGUAAAGACGAACGCGAUGUACCGUUUCGUCUCCGAAAAAGAAGCGUACAACUGGCAUUACAUUAUACGCGGAGUCUGGUCCGAGUAUGUAAGCGCCGACGACGAGAAAUCGGCGACGACAAGAGAGUCGCGGCGCACCGUCCCGCGUUCCCUCGGGGAAACUGUUCUGAGGGAGCGCAGACGCACCCGUCGGCUCGACCAGGCUCGGCGGAAAGAAACAUGAGACUGAUAUAAACCAGUAUUCGUGCGAGAAAUUGCAAAUUGCGAGAAAUUGCGCGGCGUAGCCUUAAUAAGAAAGAUUAAUUAGGUUUAUUCGGCGACCGAUGGCGUCGGUCCCGCGAAAAAAAAUCAUAUUCAAUUGGCUGUACAAGCGGAAAAGGGGAUAAGUAGGAAAAGAAAAAAAAGAAAUACCUCUCGUCGCGAGGGUUGACGCGUCGGGUGGAUCGAAAUAUCGUGACCGUUGUAGACGUCGUCCGCCCUCGCACGGCGAUGUAUCUAGUGAGAGUAUAAUGUUAUUAGGUAAACUUAAGCGUACUUUAAAAGCGAAGUGCGGAAGGAGAGAACGGAACGCAAUGCCAGUUGUAAAAUGGGAUAGGUCGGGGAUAGGGGAAAGAGGAGGAGGGGGGUAAUAACGCGAGAAGAACGUGUUCCGAUAACGCGCGAGACUUGUCCCCAGUGAUAACAAAAGGGAUAUUCGCGGGAGGGAAAGAUAGGACGAAAGGAAAGACACGGGAAAAACGGCACCGAGAUCGGGGGCGGGAGGGUAACAAAGCGAAAUGCUAGGUAAAUAACGGGACACGAGAAAAGUAAAAAGCGAUAUGUAUACAUAUAAUCGCGAUAUAUAUAUAUAUAUACAUAUAUAUGUAAAUAUAUCUAUAUAAAAAAUAUAUAUAUAUUUAUGUAUGUGUGUAUGUAUAUUUUAUUAAAUGGCGUAAACGCGUAUUUAACUUUCGGUACGGGAUUAUCGUUCUUUCGUUUUUUCCCUUUUCACUGUUGUUUGUUUUUCGUUUGUCAUUCUUCGCGGUACCGUUUUUUCGGGGGAUACCCUGUCAACGCGUUCCGCGAGAUACGAUUCGAGUGUACACACUCGCACACACGCAAUGCUGUUUCAUGUGUAUACGCGAUAGAACUAUUUCGGAAUACGGUUGCGGGGGAGGGACAAAAGGGAAAUAGAGAAACGACAGCUUUAUACCGAUAGCGGGACAGUAGUUAUUUGCAACACGUGCACACACACGUAUGACACACACGCAUACACAUGUAAAGCGAUCCAAGCGAUACACACAAAAAAAAUUGUAUGAAUAUAACGUUUGCAGUUAGGUGGGACCAAAAACGACUUUAUAUCUCUAUGUGCAUAUCCAAGCAACGUGUAAUUUAAUUAAUGAAUUAAUUAAUUAUCCAUUAUUAAUGACUAGGUAAAGUAAAAGAUCCAUUGAUAGCAAUCGAGAACGAUGACGAAUGAUUAACGAGUAAUUAGCCUAUUAAGUUUGUUUAUUGAUACAUUAUUCUAUGAUAUAAUUAUUAUUAUUAUUAACUUUAUUGCCUUUAUUAUUAUUAUUUUAUUAUUACAUUAAUUGAAAUGACGAUGAUAAUAUUAUUUAAACAAUGUUUUAAGGCGAUUAUCUAGAUAUCGAGUAGAGAACACAGUACGUAUCUAUAAUUAUUAAUUAUUUUUAAUUAUUAUUAUAUUCUUAUUAUUAUUAUAUUAUUAUUAUGAGACAUUUUGUUGUAUUAUUUUCAAUAAAAUCGAUUGAAAAAUAUUCAGUUUACCAAUUGGUUAAUUCUCGCUUCUCCGCAUGUAUCACGCAACUGCAUGUUCCCAAUUUCUUUCUCGCCUCAAUUGCGACAAUGCAAUUACGUUUAAAGUCAAAAGUAAUUUGUAAGUGAGCAAGAUAACGAAAGAAAUUGAAACAUCUCAUUGUUCAUACACGGGGAAGCGCGCCUUAUCCCAAUGUCCGUUGCGAUCUCAAAAAGAGCAUUGUUUGCGAUUGCGAAAGUUUUCUAAAAUUAAUAGAGGUUUCUGAGUGCAUUAACGAAAAUAAAAAAUUGCUAAAUUUUUUAGUCGAUUUAGAUCUUUUUUUCUAAUUAAUGUGUUUUUCAGUUGUUCUCUAUAGAGAGUAUUUCAUUACAUAAAAGAAUAUAAAUGACUGAUAAAAUAUAUUAAUGUAAUGUAAUAACUAACAGCAAAACAGAAGAGAUAAGAAUUUGUCUGAUGUAAUAAUUGAUAAAUCACUGAGAAGCAGUAAAUUGUUGCAAAUUAAGAGAUACAAAUUGUACGUUUUAAUUAAGAAUACUGUUUUUCAACAAUAAUUAGAAUUUUUUAAUGUCUUUAAAACCUGUAUCUUUAGAAUAUAUUGCACUUAUUUGUCGAAAUAAUUUUGCAAUAUUCUGUAGGAAUGGAAAUUUCGCAAGAACUCUGAUUCUCUUAGAAAACUUGAUGCGCAGUGAGCGAAGUCAUGAUAUUUGCGAUCGUAACUGUCACCAUCUAUGUAUAUGUACUUACAUUCACUUAUUUUACUUUAAUUCAGCGUUAAUUAAUUCCAUUAACCGCGUCUGUAUACGAUUAUCUCUCCGCUACCCUCCGACCACCCAAUCCUUCAAAUCUCUCCUCUUCGUACCUCUCUAUCCCUCUUACUCUCACGUGUCUCCGGAUAAUUUUCGUGACCCGGUAAGAGCGGGGGGGAAGAUGGAAUAUAAACCAAAAGUGAAAUGUGAAACGGGGAAUGCGAGGUAAAACGGGGGUAGAAUGAAUUUAACAAAGAGAAAGUCAGAGAGCGUAUUAUUAUGGGACAAAAAAAAAGAGAAAUAGGAGAACCAAAUGAUGGAAGAGAAGAAGAAGCCACGGAACAAUAGACAAAUGAAGAUAAAAAAAAUAGUUGUAAAAGCCACACACGUAAAAAAGCGCGUACACAUACAUACAUACACGUACACACAAAAAAGGAAAACACAAAUGUACUAAGUAAGUUCAUACUGCGUAUUGCCUUUCUGACUUCGGUGUGAAAAUAUAUAAAUAAAAAAAAAGUCAGUCGCGCCGGGGCACGCGUAUGUUCGCGCAUACAUAUUAUAUAUUAUAGUUAUUAGCGUUCGACGAGAGAGACGAGGACUAGCUGCUUCCGCUUCUUCCUGCCAGCCCACAUUGUACCUUCCUCUUCCUCGAUUCUUUUAUUGAGAACUCUUCAACAAGUUAAAAAAAAAAGAAAAACACUUUACAAGAGAAGAUCGGCGACUUCCGGCUUUAUGUCCGAUCGAAGUUGCAUCCCUUUCCUUCCUCUUAUUUUUUACGAGUUCUCUUAAGAUUCGUAUUUAAAAAGAGACUCGCUAUGUUUCCGGUUGAUUAAUUCCCGCUUGUUCGCGUCCCCGGGGCAGGCGGACGCGGAAGCAGCGGACGGCAGUAUCCGUCGCGAAAACUUUUUUCACGGUUCCGUAAGAAAAAGUCCCACGCCGAAGUCCGCGCGUCCCCGCCGACUGUGUCUGUUUCAUGUUUUUCAAUAUUUGUAAUUUAUCGAUAAAAUUAUAAAAGGUAUCGAUACAUAACAGUCUAAAGUGUGCGCUACUCUACAUAAUAAUAUUAUAUAUAAAAAGUAUAAAAGUAUACAUUAUAUAUAUAUUAUAUAUAUAUACAUAUAUAUUAUAUAUGAAAGGUAUAAUAUAUAUAUAUUAUACAUACAUUGGGAUUGGUGAGAAUAUACGGUUUUUUCGCUUUGGAGUGUUAUUUUCUGAAAAUAUUGAACAAAAUAUGGAAAAAAAAUUAAUAAAACCAAUGAGUAAAAACAAAAUGUAAUAUUUUUUUUUCGUUCUCACCCGAUGUACGACACGUCGUCAGCGACAGGCAAUUCUCUGUUGGAUUUUGCGAUUGCAUUCAUAUCGCGUGAAUGCACAAGUGUGAAUAUCUAAUGCAAAUAACUUUAUAUGACGUGUAACAUUUCGCUUUUAAUUCAUAAUAUAUGAAACCGUCCAAUAUAUUAGAUUCUGAAAAAGAUUCAGUAUUUUGAAGAAGAACAUAAUGAAUUCAUUAGCAAGGAUAAAAUAAGGUUGUUUAAUAUACAUUUAAUAUUUAAUAUUAGUUCAAAAUGUUUAAUUUUCAUGGAUUUAGGUAGUAUCUUGUUAAGUUUCUGAAAUCAAUAUAUGAACAUUACCAUCAUAUAUGUUUACUUUAUACAUAUCAGAAGUUUAUUGAUUAUUAUUAACGAAAAUAUUACUAUAUUGUAAUAAUAGUAAUAAUUUUAUAAAAACUUUGUUUUUCCAUAUAAUGUUUAUCAUUGAAAGUACAGAUGUCCGAAAGAAUUAUGUACAUGCUGACUCUUCCGAGCACUUUCAACAGUCUCGUUGAGAAGACAGUGAAGAUCGAAACGGAGGAACCACAAUAUGUCAUCGAGUUGGUGAAAUUUUAGACAUAAAAGUUAUUCGAACUUAACAAACUUGAUAAAAAUGGAAUUAUGAGAUAUUGAAUAUUUAAUAAAUGUACAGAUUGCUAGGUGAUCUUUUGGGAGUUAAAGACUACAAGACUAAUAAAGCUGCUUUCUGGUUUUUGGACAUCGUAGCUCUUCAAGUUCUGCGUUACAAAAAUUGUCUAGAUGAUCAUUAUAGAAGUAUAUUAAUUAGCUGGUUGGUUGGCGAAAUGAAAUUAAUUCGAGAUAAGAAGUUACUUCGAGAAGACUUUUUUAAAGAAAUGAGAAUAUUAUUUCUCUAUGUUGCUGAGAAAUUAUUCAAUAACGAUCGAUUGCUGCAUUGGGAGUUACUUAUGGAUGCAUAUUCUGAAAUUAUGUCACAAAAUUUUACCACUGAUGCAUCUGCCAACAGUGAAGCGGGAAAUUUAAUUACGAAUAAAUUAUCUGAAAAGGAAUUAAUUACAGAAGAUGCCAAAUAUAUGUCUCAAGAGAACAAAUUUUCUUUUAUCGGAAGAGACUUGACAAAUUGUAAUAAUGGAAACAGUGUAACAAAUGAUUUGCAAGAGGAGUUACCGACAAACUUUGAAACUUCAUCAACUACAGAAAAUUCACAAAAAGAUAUAUUCACAGAUACAAACGCAAUCGGAUCUUCUAAUUUAACGAAUCCAAGCGACAUCCUGGAUAUAAUUGUUGAAGCAACAUACAAUAUGUAUGCUAAUGAAUUGCGAUAUUCCCUUAUAUAUGCAGUUUUUGUAAAACCAAUACAGAUACAAAUCUUUCAUAUGCCUCAUACUUUUCGAGUACCACGUCAAAUUAAACUGGCGGAUCCUGGAGGAUUAUUUGACAUACAGCUUCGCGAACGAUUGGAAAAGGUUGCUAGUGAAUCAAUAAUUAGCAAUGGCAAAAAAUUUAAAGAAAAGAAAAUGACUGAUGAUAUAAGAAAAGGAAAAAUAAUUAAAGAUGUAGACAUGGAAAUUCCUCCGACACCACCACCUUCGUUAAACGAGGAAGAAAUGUUAGCUAAUAAUCGUCGAUUUAUUCUACCAUUGAUAGAAGCGAACGAAGCGGCACAGAUCUAUGAAAUGCAUGCAGAGAACGUGUAAUGUGAUAAUACGAACAUCAGACUGAA